AUGCUGCCGGCGCGGGCGGACGCCCCCAGAGCCCCGCACCCUCCCGCCCGCACGGUCCGCGCCGCCGGCCAGAGGCCACUUACUUUUGGGGCCGCCGACCUCCCGACUCCCUCCGGGGGAAAUGAAAGUUGUCACGGCGUCUCCCCUCGGGCCUCCCUCGCCUGCCCGGCGUGCGGAGGCGCCGCCGCGGAGCCGGGAGGGCGGCUGCGCUCCCGCUCGCGUCCGUCCCGUCGCCGGAGCCCCGGGGAAAGGAGGAGACAGGCGAGGGCAGGGCGGUGGGCGCCGGGCGGGGCCGCACGCCCGCCCAUCCCGCGGCUGUCCGGGUCCGCCGCGCGACUCCGCGCCUCUCUUCGGCCGCGCGGGGAGGGGUCGGGUCACGUUCCGUUCCGGAGUUCGGCGACUCACAGGCAGGUUCCGCAGGCGCCGCUGGGAGGAGCCGGGGCUGCCCGAGGAGGCGGCCCCGCGGCCUUCUCCUUCCGCGCCCGCGCGCCCGUCGGCUCCGACCCCGGGCGGGGGGCUGCGCCCCAACAGGAGGAAGGCAUUGUUCUCCCCACUUCAAAGAUGAAGAAAUUGAGCUUUCAAGAUGUGAAGAGACUCUUCCACAAUCACAUGGCUAGAAAGUGGCAGCAUUGGGAUUAGUGUCCAAUUCUACCUGACUCAAUGCCCGUUCAUCCUCUUCCUACCACCUUCAGCUGUGCUUCU